UAUACGCUGUGGUAAAAACAACGGAGAAGCGCGGCGUCAGGCAGGGGGCGAAACUUGCCUUUUCUUCGCAGCAACUUUGGAACUAACUAAAGCAGCUGCUCCUGGCUUUAGUACUGGCCAAGAGCAUAAUGCUGAGGUUUUAAAAACAUCAACUUUUCAAAAAAGCAAGGGACUCCUCGCUAGACUUGUACUGCUGCCCGUCUGCGGGAAGGAGACGCCGGGGAAAGAACAGGUCUAAGGAUUUCCAGAGGGGGUCGGAUGUCAUUUGCAGUUUGAACGUACUGUUCGUGGAUUGCAGUCUGCAAAGAUGCAUGAAAGGCAAAGCGGCGCUUUUAAAAGGAGCUAGCAACCAGUUUUAAUGUUCCUUUUGUUCGAAAUGAGAAGUUGUUGUUUUCUUUAAGAAAACUUGCCGUAUUUUUAAAAGACUUGAAAUUUGCAUGGGAAUACAAAGCAGAAAAAGGUCUGGAUGCAUUGUUUUGUUUCAGUAGCUGUUUUCGCUUGCUUGCUUGCCUGUGAGCUGCUGCACCGACGGACCCGUGUGUUGUUACUGGAUGCUUGCAAUACUGUGUUUGCAAGAUGAGGCGAAAGUUUUAGCAAGUUAUGCGAUACACGGGGAUGGAUUUAAAAGGGAAAUGUAUGAAUAAUAUUUCGGAUUUGUGACAUUUUCUGGAAGAUUUUUUUUAAAUAACAGAUAGUGUGAAAAGGUGGUUAUAUAGUGGUGCUUUUGAGAAGGCGUGAUGGAAACAUACCAUGCUUGAAUACCACUAGACUGAUCAUCGUUGUCAGAAAUAAUUUACAGCGCAGUACUUCUAAGAGUCGAAAUAAAAGACAGAUCGGAAACCCUUUGGGUAUUUGGGAGAAACCUGAAAAAAGACAUAUUCGACAAUAAACUAAAACGCUUGCUGUAAAAUCACUGAUCCCUGUGUUGAUACAUUCCAAUGACACUGUCACAAGGCGCAAACGGGGUUCGAUAGCCGACCUGUUCUGUUUGAUACGGAUUGGAAAGUGAAAAUUCUUCAUGUGAUAUUUAGAUGUGGAGUUGACUUAUUAUUAUUAUUAUUACUUUUCACAUUUAUCACAUUGACGAGACUAGCCAUAAUGUUCCAGCUGGAGUUGACCCUGCUGGUCUUAUCCCUUCUGUCUUGGGUCUCUCUCUGGGCGGACGACUCGGGAAAAGUCAUCACAGACCGGUACGCAGUCUACUGGAACAGCACGAACUACAGGUUCCAGCAAGGGGAGUACACGGUGGAGGUGAGCAUCAAUGACUACCUGGAUAUCUACUGCCCCCACUAUGAGGAGGCCUUGCCUCAGGAACGCAUGGAGCGCUACAUUCUCUUCAUGGUGAACUAUGACGGCUACACCACCUGUGACCACCGCAUGAAGGGCUUCAAACGCUGGGAGUGCAACCGGCCACAGAGCCCCAACGGGCCCCUCAAGUUCUCAGAGAAGUUCCAGCUCUUUACCCCCUUCUCGCUGGGCUUCGAGUUCCGCCCGGGCCACGAAUACUACUACAUCUCGUCCCCUCAUCUGAACAUUGUUGGGAAGCCCUGCCUGAGGCUGAAGGUGUACGUGAAGCCAACAAAUGACUCUGUGUAUGAGUCUCCAGAGCCCUUCCUCACUGAUGAUAACUCGGGCUGUGUCUUCUUGCUGUGCCCCCUGGCUCUGACCGUGUCCCUGCUGCUGUCACUCCUCCUCUCCUCAUAGCACUGUGAGAGUUCACACACGCUGACUGACGCACCCCUCUUCUCACCCACAACAUAGACGUGGAGAAGCAAUUUGAGAGGCCUGGGGAGUUUGUG